AUGAAUACCAUAAGAAAUAAUGCCACUCGUUGUGCGAAAAUAGUUCCUGGUACCCGACUUGAUACUGAUAUAACUAAUAAUGCAGUACCACAAUUUGUCUAUUAUACACCAAAUCAAAAUAAUGAUGGACAUGAUACUGGUGUAGCAUUUGCCAAUAAUUGGUUAAAAAAUUGGCUUGAACCAAAGCUUACUAAAUCUGCAUUUACAACAAAUACAUUAAUAUUUAUCACUUUUGAUGAAGAUGACCGUAGUGAAAGUAAUCAUAUCUAUGGCUGUCUUCUUGGCACUCCUGUUCGUCCUCCUGCCAAUCAUACCGACAGUACAAGAUAUAAUCAUUAUUCUUAUUUGGCUACCGUAGAGAAAAAUUGGAAUUUGGGAAAUUUGGGUAGAAAUGAUGUUGGUGCAACCCCCUUUACCAAAUAUUUGGUACAUCCUUAA